AUGAGUGCUACGUGGCAAGAUAUACAGCGAUUGGCGGCCGAUUUUCAAAGGAUACAGCUGGCCGCUGGCUCCAAGAAGUUGUCGGAGAACAAUUGUGUGGAGGUGGUUUCCAUGCUGAUUGCAUCGAAUGCUGUGGAUAUCGUAUUCACAACCGAUGGCAAAGAAUACGUUACCCGAAAUCACCUGCUAACUGAGGUUAAAAAUGAGUGUAUUGGACGAGGAGGUCGUGUCUCGUUAUCGGAUUUGGCUCGCGCUUUGUGUGUCGAUUACGAGCACAUCGAGAAUGCUGUAUCAGUCAUUUUGAAGCAUUCUUCUGCUUUUAUGCUGUGCAAUGCGGAGCUCAUUUCAAAGGAUUAUAUCGAUAUUUUAUGCAAGGAAUUGAAUGAGCGUUUGUCGGAUGUGGGUGUUAUUUCUGUGGCGCAGCUGGCCAAAAUGUGGGAUUUGCCGAACGAAAUUUUGGAUGGCGUAAUUUUGGUUGCAGUUGGCUCAAAGAUCAAUGCAUUAAGAGACCGUGAUGUGCUUUGCACCCGAGCCUAUCUUUCGAGUCAACGAAACAUCAUCAGAGCGUCACAUUUCGAGCUGACAAGUGCAUUUUUCUGGAUGCUGUUUGACGAGCUGGACACUGCCAAAGAAGUAUUUCCGAAAAUCGGUCUUUUGAAUAAAACGGGCUUUUUAAAUAAAAAAAAAGUGAAUUCUUUACAAGACGGCAUUUUUCAGAUCCCUGGAAAAGUUGUGGGUAGUCGUACUUCGGGCCACUGUAUGUAUUAUCCCAACAUUCAUUCGCUUUUGGCUAAGCGGUAUUUGCUGAAAACCUUCCUUCAAGAUGAAAUUUUAGAUCUGGCUGUCUUUAAAAAGCUCGCGAUACCGGAGCCGAAAUUCCUCAUGAAAGAUUUAUUGAAAGAUGUGGAGCACUCCGGAUUAGUCUAUUUUCCGUCAGCUGUGAUUAGUGGGCGCUUGUGGGAUCAAACAGUACACAGUAUAAACGAGGAGAUAAAUACAAAGUCUUGUGUUGACGUGACGAAGCAUCUUCCGGAACGCAUUCAAAAUGCUGCUGACGUAGAACACGCUAUCGUAUCGUUAACAAAAAGCAAUAAGGAUUGGCUUUUCGUAUCUGGCCAGCCAUAUAUCUAUAACCAGCAGCUUCUUUCAUCCACUGUGAAAACUCUAGACGAUUUCAUAAACGCACGAGCCGAAGAACUUGCAGCUAGCUGGGGCAAGCAACAAAAAAUGUGCAAAAAGGGGGAAAAG